AUGAAUGAACAGGAAGGCAAACAGCAACAGGAGUUUUAUGAGAGGAAUAGGGGGAGAAAGCUGAUCAUCCACCUUCCAGAUAUUAAUCAUCAAGCUCCAGUGAUUAACCGGUUCACUAGACGAGCAUCAGUGUGUGCAGAAGCUUAUAAUCCAGAUGAAGAAGAAGAUGACACUGAAUCAAGGGUUAUUCACCCCAAAACAGAUGAUCAAAGAAACAGGCUGCAGGAAGCUUGCAAAGAUAUUCUUCUGUUUAAGAACUUAGAUCCGGAACAGAUGUCUCAGGUCCUGGAUGCCAUGUUUGAAAAGCUAGUUGAAGGAGGAGAGCAUGUCAUUGACCAAGGAGAUGAUGGUGACAACUUCUAUGUAAUUGAUCGAGGGACUUACAAUAUUUUUGUAAAAUGUGACGGUGUUGGAAGAUGUGUCGGCACCUAUGACAACCGAGGGAGCUUUGGUGAAUUGGCUUUAAUGUACAACACACCCAGAGCAGCUACAAUCAUUGCUACCUCUCCUGGCGCUAUCUGGGGCUUGGACAGAGUAACAUUUCGAAGGAUCAUUGUGAAAAACAAUGCAAAAAAGAGAAGGAUGUAUGAAAAUUUCAUUGAGUCAUUGCCCUUCCUUAAAUCUUUAGAACUUUCUGAACGUUUGAAAGUGGUGGAUGUGAUAGGUACCAAAAUAUAUAAAGAUGGGGAACAGAUAAUUGCUCAGGGAGACACGGCUGACUGUUUUUUUAUUGUCGAAUCUGGAGAAGUGAAAAUUACAAUGAAAAGAAAGGGCAAACAAGAGAUAGAUGAAAAUGAAGCGGUGGAAAUUGCCCGCUACACCAGAGGGCAGUAUUUUGGUGAACUGGCGCUUGUAACGAACAAACCUCGGGCUGCCUCAGCCUUUGCACUUGGCACAGUCAAGUGCUUAGUUAUGGAUGUGCAAGCAUUUGAAAGGCUUUUGGGACCUUGCAUGGAAAUUAUGAAAAGAAACAUCGCAAACUAUGAAGAACAACUAGUUGCUCUGUUUGGAACAAACAUGGAUAUUUCUGAUCCCAGUGCAUGAAGUAUGGAGCCACACAACCUGUGUAUGAGAAAUAGCACAGUCGUGGUUAGUCCACCGAAAAUACGUCUUAUCUUCCCAUAAAUGCUGAGCAUUGUUCUUGAUUUUACAGGGGACUGGAUUUCUUUGCUUCCCCCCUCCCCAUGUUUAUUUGCCUUUUUGUACACUGUCAUUCAGAUGAUCAGUACAUGGAGUAGAGGCAUUAUUUGAUUGAUCCUUCCUUAAAAGCAAUUGAUCCACCAGCAUUUCAACUUUCAGAUAACAUCAGUUCCAUAAGCCUUUAGUGGGAAUGUACAACCUUCAAUGGUGUUAUAGAUUUAGAACCAUUUGGCACUUCUAAAAAGGUAGUGGCUUCCGUAAGUCAGUUAUAAGCGUUUCAUUUAAGAAGUCCAGGAUGUAUUGCAAUCUAAACAAUGUGUGCAAACUGGCAUGUCUUUUUAUUUUAUCUUGCCUAAUUGCAUGUCUCUUCCUGAAGUUAACAGGUUUGGGAAUAUAUCUUUUCUUUUAGCAAAUGGCAGGAGCCAUUUUCAGAAAGAAAGGCCAGAUUCAUCUGAAUAUCUCAUUACACAAUCCUUCGGAUUGCAGAAUAUUUGUUGAUCCUGUUUGAUAAUGGUUUCUGUAAAAUAUCAAAAAAAGGGAUACCAAUUGGAGAUACGGCAGAAAUAAAUUUAGUUUUGUCCAUAUGUCAAAUGAAUGUGAUAGGUUAAGAAUGUGCACAAGCAGUCUAGGAAGGGGGUUACGUUGUACGUAUUUGGUUUGCUAGCUGGUUGGACCAGGGUUUAAGGUGGCAUUUGUAAAGGAUGUAUUUUAAAAAGUCCUCCAAACAAUAAAGCAUGGCCUUGUGUUCUAGGUAAAUUUUAUGACCCAUGUCUGGUCUUAGUCGUUCUGAUUUUAGUCUUUUUUACAUCUGCUGUUUUAUAAGAUUUCAUUUUGUCUAUAUGAAGGACUCUGUAAACACCUUCCAGAAUGUGGAGGAUUUAUGAUGAUGCUGUAUAGUUUCUUUGCUGUUGUACUUACUGUGUAUGUACUGUUUUCACUCCUGAGAACAAUUAUUACCUGUGCACUGGUUAAAAGACAAGACUUGAUUCAAGAAAAGGCUCAUUUGUCACAUUUUAACGGACACAGUCUCCCUUGAAUUGGAUUGAGCAAAUCUCCUGGUGAUUUCAUGGAUACAUCCUUGAAGGUUUUUUGACAACAAUAUGGAAGUAGUUGGCUAUUGUUGCCUUCUUGGAUUUUUUUUUCAUUUUCCUAUCUAGCUUACAAGCCUGGCACUUCCUGGGGGUUCCCAUCCAAGUGCAAACUCCUAAGGUCCAUCCCAGUUUAAAUUUCUGAGAUGAUCCGAGGCCAGCUAGGUGUUGUCAUCUAACUAGGUGACCUCGUUCUACUUGCAUAUAUUUAAAUGUAGUCUUCAGAGUGAUCUUAAUUACAAGAUAAUUAAGAUCUGAAUCUGAGAUAAUUUUCAGCAGUUGCAGUUUCACAGACUGAUUUUGCCCAUGGUAAAUCGAAACACUUGGAUUUUGGCAUUAUUCCAUGUAAUGUAUCUGUUCUUCUGUUUCUUUUCAACAUCAUGGUUAGAGUUACCUCUUGUUUCUGAUUCAAGGACUUGGACAUUCUGAAGCUAACGCCAAGCAUAAUUCCUCAUCCAACUCUUACUAGUAAGUUGAUCAGGCACAGAAAUCAACUUUGGUUUUCGGGGGCCCGAAAAACUAAUGGAAUUUAUGAUGUAGUGUUUUAGAGACUAAAUGGAGAGGUUUGUAGGUGCAAAAAGAAGAGACCUGUAUCUGCCACUAUUACAGUAAUUAUUGCAUCUAACGUUCAUUUUUGAUGAUGGCAGUCAGAUUGUCAAACCAAAAUUUAACUAGUUUGAUUCAAAGUUAUCAUGAAGAAGAAUCCAUUUUAGUCUUCCUUGGGGAAAAAUAUGUUAAUACGUGUUCUUUCAACAGAAAAUACUGCUGUUUAAAACACAUGGCAUGGAGUUGUUUCUUCCUUCUUGGCUUGAAGAGAAGAGGGUAUUAGCCCUCCAAUGCAAUGUAUGUUAAUGUGACAGUGUAUUUAAUAGUUAGCAAUUGGUACUGGAAAGUUCUUACACGACAGUGUUAUUAGUAUUAUAUAAUUUAUAUCAUAUCCUAUGAUAUAAAUGUGACAACAUUGUUAUAUAAUCUUGAUAAAAACUGUAUUAUCGAUUGAUUUGAAAAAAGUGAUUGUGUUGUGGUUUGGAGGGAAUAGUCAGGCAGCUGACUUGGUGGCCUCGAUCCAAAGAACUAUGCAAUUAGUUUAAAAGGCUAAGGAAAGUUCUUAGAAGUAUGUUCCUUAUAAAAUAAAAAGAAGAAGUCACUCAUUGUACAGGGCAAGCUUCUUUUGAAAUAGACCUUCAGAUACAUUCUGAUGAAGCAUGAAUGUGUUUUUCAGAAGAAAAACAUUUUGAAAAAUUCUCAUAUUUAAAGUAGCUCCUUGGUUGCUGGUCCACUAUGUGUCAGUCCUUAACUGUUCAAGUUAAAUAUUUUACACUAGUUCACUGUUAUUUAGUAAAAUGCUACUAUGAUUUCUACAUAAUAGUGAUACUGACUUCCAAUUAAUCAAACAAAAGUCAGUCAACAGUGGCAUAUAUUUCAAAUACUCCAUAAUAAACACUGCAUUUGACACUGCAUUUGAAGUGCUUCAAACCAUUGCUGGGCUGUUUUCUAGUAACUUCACGAGAGAGUAGCUCUGUUGACUAUACUGAGUAUUAGGGCUAUAUUCCUCGUAUACACACUUCCCAGUAACUUAAAUCAAUUCACUUCAGGGUUGGUUUUAGUAUAUUUUUAGGAUUGUUCAUGGACCCUCAGUAGCAAACCAUGAUCACUCCAUAAAUAAUCUCUCUGUACGUGUGCGUAGGUACAGGCCGAUUUUCAGAACAAAAAGGAAUGAGAGAAAAAGUUACUGGAGUAAAUGAUAAGCAAUAGAUAAUCAGGAGGUGUACAUGAAGCUGGAGCCAUCUGUUUCAAGGCAGUGGUUGAUCUAGAAAAAUGAGGUACAUAAUUUCUGAAAUUAAGGCGUCCAGGUGAGCUGCUUUGUUCCAGCCACUUCACUCCUCUUAAAGUAUGGGUAGAGAGUGUCUUCUGCUCAUGCACAGAAGGUCAGCAAAGACCAACGAAGUGAGCCUCCAGAAGCUAUCAUGCAUCACUUUGCAGAGCAGCCUCAGAGGUACUUCGAUCAAAGCAAAUCAUCCUUUUGAAGCGUUGCAUAGCCAUAAUAGUCAGAACAAUUAUUUGUCAUUUACAGCCAAGGAAAUGGGCACCUUCCUAUAGUAUAAGAGUUGAGAAUGUUAAUUAUAUUUGGGGAGAUCUCAAGAGGCAUAGCUGGCAUGUUCUGCCCUGGCUGCUGAUGACUUGUCUUGAGGUCAAAAUGUGAGUUGUUCAGAUAGGAAUUGAAAGGAGUUUACCGCAUUGUAGAUGUCCUCUAGUAUGUCACCCUUCCCAAGCUAGACUUCUUCCAGAUGUUGGAUGCUGGGAAUUGCAGUUCAACACAUCUCAAGCGCCCCAUGCUGGGGCCAGAUGUGCACUACAAUUCAAAGUGUGAGUUCCAUCAGAAAUAGCACAGGCAGGAUGGCUCUGAAGCAGUAAGAAAGGGGGCAUCUGCAGAGUUUACUUUGCCUCUAAGUUAAACUAUGCCGGUUUGUCAGCUAUGCUUCCAUGUUCUAGCUAUUCCCCAGGAAUAGCCAAUGUAGUCUAUCAGUUAGUAUUUGCUUUUAGAGAGGGAAACUUUGGCUAAAACUGUAGUUUGGCCAUGAAGUCAGAGUAGUUCACCUGUGAUAGAUUUUGCUCUUUUUAAGAGUAUAAUGUGAAAAGAAAGAACAUGUCCUUUGCCCAGGGACCUCCUACUUUGCUUGGAAAGAAAAUGUCACUUUAUGGAGGGGAGCAUGUUCUGCAAGCAUCCUUCCUACAGCAUCCAGAGCUGCCCCCACUUGGGCUUUUUUUUACUAGGGGGGUAAAAAUUGAGGGCCUUAAGUCUUGCAGAAGCUUCAAGUGCCAUUUUACCCACUGAACACCUGAGCCUCACUCCCAAAAUAGAGUGGAGAUCCUAGUAUGGUCCUCAUAUUUAAGGAAGUUGUCCUCCCGCUUUAAAAUUUACUUUUUGUGUCCUCCUGUAGAAACUUGUAAAGUCAAAUCUUUUAAAAAUGAAGAUUCCUCUACAGGUAUAACUCAAGGGGUGUGUGAGAGGGGACCUGCCUGUGGCAUCCUGGCUGUGCCAGGGCCACUCAAAGCCAUUUGUUAGAUGAAAGGAUAAAGCCUGCUUGGUCUUUACCUCUAAAAAAAUAAAAAGAUAAAGUUCCCAUGAGAUGCCCUUGUGCAUAGACUUCAUUUAGAGUUUGUGGUCCAGUGAAAACAUGAAUAGGAGAUAGGAGAACCUGAGCUGUAUACUUUUCAGAUACAUGUGAAGAGUGAAUAAUGUGUGGUUUUGAUAAUUCUAGUUAUGGAGAAACAUGAGAGUGGAGGGCUAUAGCUACUCGAUUGGCAAAACAAAAUUAAAUCCUGGGAUCUCUGUUAAAAAGGGUCUUGGACAGCAAAGGUAGGGAAGAUUUACCUGUAGCUUUGGGGAGCUGAACGCAGAACAAGCUAUAUUGGACUAAAAGGAAGGAAGCAGUUUCAUCUGUUUUCGCUAGCCUAACGUGGACCACCUCCCAUCAGCUUCACAAGACUUUCCUUUUUGUGAUUUUUAGUGGGCUUAGUUUAAUUAUUUGUACUAUGAAUUCAGUGAACUUCAAGAAUUAUUUUGAUAUAUGUAUGUGUGUGCGUGUGCACCCUGUGUUUUCUUUUAAGAGCAUUAUAAUCUAUUCUGCACAUUUUGGGUAGAGCAGGAGUAGAACAAAAACAAAACUGAAAAUAUUCUCCCUUGCCGAAAACAUUUGUGUGCCACUCCUGUUUCCUGAUUGUCAAUGUUCUGUCUUUUUACUGAUGCCUCUUUUUUAUGGUACCUAUAAAUUGUGAAAUUUACAAUGC